CCACAAAGCAGAGCCACCAGCGUCCACAGUGAUCACAUUAAUAACAACAAUAGUGUGUGAUCGCGCAGGAGGAGAGAGAGAGAGACCCGGCCGCCGCUGCUCGUCCUCCGCGGGAUACUUGGAUACAACAGGAUCCAUCCCUGCUGCUUUUUUUAUCCAUCCACGCCUGAUCCUCACCUGUGUUCUCCACUUUGACAUCGCCCGCUGAGUUUUCUUUUUGUUUUUCUCUGUGUAACUACUUGGAUACCUGCGCGCUGUCCUUCAUAAAUGUCGGACUGAAUAUAACUGCUAUGACAGGGAAACUAGCGGAGAAGCUCCCUCUUACCAUGAGCAGUUUAAUAAACACGAUCCCUGACAGUCUCUACCCAGAAGAGGACAUCCCGACGUCUAUGAAUAUUUUCACCAGUACGGAAUCUAUUAACCACUAUUCACAGAUGAACACGGAUAAUAUCAUGGAUCUGGGCAUGGGAAGCGAGAAAGCAACGGCAGAGAUUCAGUAUGGAUCCAGCUUCCAGUCCAACCGCAGCGGGCAGACUGUCACCUAUCUGGGGAAGUUUGCCUUUGACACUCCUCCGUCAGGUGGCAUCGGUGGCUCUGGCUGGUGCUCUGACAACAAUAUCAUAAGUCUCGUCAGCGCAGGGAUCCUGGGUGUUUCUCCUUCACCCGGCACGGUAACAACGCAGACAUCAUCCUCCGCAGCCAGCAUGGGCGGACAGACGUCAGACAUGGAACAAGUAUAUGGUCCACCACUGCCUGCCUAUUCUACCUGCGGUGACCUGUACCAGGAUCAGGUCUCCUUUCACCACAGCCCUGCCACGAGCACGGCUCUAGCCUACCCUGGCAAUGACUAUCACUCCACAUCCAAAGCCUCCAUGGAUGGCAGCCUUUUCUCCAUGAUCCCAGACUACAACCUUUUCCAUCAUCAGGGGGACGUCGGGGUGAUGGAGCACAAGCCCUUCCAGAGCAUGGACCCCAUCCGAGUCAACCCACCACCCAUCACACCCCUGGAGACCAUCAGAGCAUUCAAAGACAAGCAACAAAUUCACCCAGGUUUCAUCGGCGGGCAGCAGCACCCUCCCCAGCACCACCCACCACCCCAGACUCUCACCCUCAAACCCAUCCGGCCACGGAAGUACCCCAACCGUCCCAGCAAAACCCCCGUCCACGAACGGCCGCACGCCUGUCCAGCAGAGAACUGUGACAGACGCUUCUCACGCUCAGACGAGCUCACACGUCACCUUCGCAUCCACACAGGUCACAAACCCUUCCAGUGCAGAAUAUGCAUGCGCUCCUUCAGCAGGAGUGACCACCUGACCACGCACAUCCGCACGCACACAGGCGAGAAACCCUUCUCCUGUGAGUUCUGUGGACGCAAGUUUGCCAGGAGUGACGAGCGAAAGAGGCACGCGAAGGUUCACCUGAAACAGAAGGACAAGAAGCCGACUGACAAGAGCAGUGGGGCGCCUGGGAGCCACAGCUCGCCGCCCAGCUCCUGUGGGGGGCCGACAGUGGGAACGUCAUGACCGUCACUACGUGCACUUGGACUGAGCCCUCACCAUGCCCCAUAAAGAGACUAAUGAAGAAGGGAUCACGUCCACUAUGAGAUAAAUAGGUGACUUUUUUCUCUCUCUAUUUUACAUCCCCUGCUCCUUUCAGUUGUAGUCCUUCUAUUUUGAGAUGGAUUCCUUAAGUUUAAUUAAAGCGGAGAAAGGCUGCUACGCCAUUCUCUUUCAAGCAACUCAGAGCCUCAGCUACUGUAACACAGUGCCGUGACAAAGGCACACACUGCCCAAAAGGCCACUGUGUGUUAGGUUUCAGGGGUGGAUACACUUUUGUAAAUUUUGCCGAGAAUUUCUAAAUUGGGAGGAAGCCAGAAUCCAUCACGAGGGUCGAAACAGACAAAAUAAUAAUGGAGCUCAGUGGGAGGUAUGCAUUAAUGAUAUUAGGCUGUUUAAAAGUGCAAUUGGUUAUAUUUGUGUACUGUCAUUGAUACCUUAUUAGUGGCACUUGACUGUCUUUCUGAU